GGUUUGGCGGUGGUGGGCCGGCUGUUCGUCGAGGUGCUGUCCUUGGAUUGCUGGAGCAGGCUGCGCGUGGAAGGCUACGCCUACUGCGACCUGCUCGAAAGCCCCGGCCAGAGGGAGCUGUCGCUGCUCACGUGGCGGCCUCUGUCCCGUAGCCUGGUUUCGCGCAUGCGCAGGUUCUUCACGGGUGGAGAUCCCCCGCUGGAAGAUCUCUGCAUCGUCGGCGCGCCGACCGCUGCUGCCACCUCCGGACAAAACGGCGACACAGAGCGGAGCAAGCGGAUCAGCAGGUACUCCUUGUGCACGGAAUCCAGCGGAACUGUGAAGGUGCUGCUGAAUGUCGUGCGCCAGACAACGUUCAAAGCCAGGGAGACGGAGAUGGCACGACGAGUUCUGGGGUCGAUCGGACGGCAGGUGAGCCAGUCGAGCAUCACUGCCGUGCUGGCAUCAUUUCACCAGGCCAGGAGCAGGAUGCUGGCGGCACGUGCCAGGCACACAGCUCUGGCCCAAACAUGAGCAGCCAGUGAAGGAGUGCUGCUCUGAAGCAAGCUACAAUAACAAGACUGCACAGUGCAUUCCCUGUUUGUACUAAGCAUUCCGCAUGGUGCCGCAAUGUUUCCGAUUCCUGAGCCUGCCCAAGCUUCUGCAUCCCAGAAGCACCAUCUUCGAGAACCAAGAAUUGGCUUUUCCUCAAAUUACAUGUGUUGGAUUUAUGGAUUACAAAGCACAUUUGACACUCUUUGGUGAACAUCAAUUGUACAGCGACAGUCCUAAGCAUUUCUGUGCUGUCAAUGAGGAAGAAGCAGAAUGCAUUAAAUUGUAGGAAAAGAAAUUAAUGAAUCAUCGAAUGCCAUUAAAGUUGCUUGAUGCAAAUGUGAAAAGAAAAUGUGCUGUUGAGUUCAUUAAAACAUUUUGGACUAACAGCUGCACAGGACUGUCGUACUUCUUAUUGCUCUUGAAGAUGCAUACACAAGAAGGUUUAUAUAAACGGUUUUUCACAUUGUUGUGCAUACGAAGGUACUGGCAUCAGCCACGUGAAUGAAAUGACAGCGUUUUUUUCUGCAUUGAAAUGUGUGUUGGCUUGCGAUACGGGAAAGCAUUUUGUACGCAGCUUCCUUAUGCAUCCUCAUGAAAGCUGCAGACGCACGUGCACAAUGUUAGCAGGCUUCAGUAAAACAAGACUGCAACAGACAAAAUUACUUGGCCAAAUUCAGAAAAUUAAAUCUGUGGCCUUAAAUAUGACCGUUGCAGGGAAAUGAAACAAUUUAGAUACAUCACCAGUUUCACCAAACUGAGGCUUAUCAAAUUUAGGCUCGACUGUCUUUGAAAGUGCUCCAAACGUACAGCAUUCCAAAACCAAUUUUUAAGCAAUUUCAGGUCUUGGAUUCGCUUGAAUAAAUAAAGUACCACAAAAUUAAAUGCAGUCAAGUUGGUUUGAAUUGUGCAAAAACGACUCGGGGGCACGCUGCGCCAGCCACAGGUUGCUGCAAAUUCGACAGCCAUAGCAGCAAAAGCUGCAUUGUUCUAAACCCGAUUCAAAAAGCCAAUUUCAUAUCGAACACUGAGCACAUCAGUCAGGGGCACACGUGGAUCCUCUCCUAGAAUUAAAACUGGGUCCAGCAGUAUGUGUAAGUUGUACAACUCGGAAGAAGUGUUUUCGUAUUUGUGUUUUGAUUGAAGACAAUUAAUGAAAAUGUGUAUUACUG